AUGAUGCUUCAAAUUCUUCAUCUGCUGCCCAUUGUGGCCGUGUCUGUCUCUGCAGUGGUGAUCCCCAACCCACCCGGACAAUACGAUGUAUUUUACAACACAGCCAAGAUGGUUGAAAAGACCAGAGUCGAUCCCUUCGAUCCCCAUCACGGACCGCGUGCAGUGAUGACUUCGAUAUUCGCGCCCACCCACUGCAAUGUCGAUCUCAAGAAGAUUGAUUACUUGCCCCCCGCAACAGCCGCAUACUACUCCGAUCUAUACGGCGCCUACGGACUUCCCAACGGGUCGCUUCAAUCUAUCUCUUUCCAGGCAUGCCCACAGCCACCAAAAGAGCAUCACCUCCACUUUCCUGUUGUACUCUUCUCGCCUGCUCUCGGCACGACACGGUUGUUCUACAAUGCUAUUGCACAGGCAGUGGCCAGCGCCGGGUAUAUAGUGGUGUCUAUCGACCACCCUUAUGAUACCGAAUUCUUGGAGUUUCCCGACGGCAGCGUUGUGACUGCUGCAAACAUCAGCGACGCGCAGGUUCCACUGGAUGUCGAGACCCGAGCGCGAGAUGUGUCGUUCAUCCUGGAUCAGCUGAGCACAAAGGCUGGCGUAGGAGCUCUGCUCCCUGGAGCCGGAGCUGCGGGUUUGAGAACUCGCCAAGUCGCGAUGUACGGUCACUCGGUCGGGGGUGCGGCCACCGCCGAAGCCAUGCAUUUGGACCGUCGAAUUGUCGCUGGAGCGAACCUCGACGGGUCAAUGUUUGGAUCAGUGGUUCAACACGGGCUUCGGGGUCCAUUCCUCUUGUUCGGCCACGAAAAUAAGACCCAGGCCACAGACCCAACAUGGAAGGAGUUUUGGUCAAACUUGCGAGGAUGGAAAUUGGAGCUGGAACUGGCCAAGGCUCAGCAUUACACCUUUUCCGAUUUGCCGUUCCUACUGAAGCUCCUGGGUCUGCCUGUUGAAAAGGUCCCAGCCAUCCAAACAAUGGUUGGGACUUUGGAUGGAUUCAAAGCAUUUGAAAUUGUUCACCGAACCGUCGUUGCCUUUUUGGGUUUUGGGCUUCAUCAAACAUCGCCGACUCCACUUCAAGAGGUCAUUUCACAGUAUCCGGAGGUGUCAGUCGUUGCGCUCUAA